AUGGAGCCAUCAACAUGGAACCUUCAACAUGGAACCAUCAACAUGGAACCAUCAACAUGGAACCAUCAACAUGGAGCCAUCAACAUGGAACCAUCAACAUGGAGCCAUCAACAUGGAACCAUCAACAUGGAACCAUCAACAUGGAACCAUCAACAUGGAGCCAUCAACAUGGAACCAUCAACAUGGAGCCAUCAACAUGGAGCCAUCAACAUGGAGCCAUCAACAUGGAACCAUCAACAUGGAGCCAUCAACAUGGAGCCAUCAACAUGGAGCCAUCAACAUGGAACCAUCAACAUGGAGCCAUCAACAUGGAGCCAUCAACAUGGAACCAUCAACAUGGAACCAUCAACAUGGAGCCAUCAACAUGGAGCCAUCAACAUGGAGCCAUCAACAUGGAGCCAUCAACAUGGAACCAUCAACAUAAAACCAUCAACAUGGAACCAUCAACAUGGAGCCAUCAACAUGGAACCAUCAACAUGGAGCCAUCAACAUGGAGCCAUCAACAUGGAGCCAUCAACAUGGAACCAUCAACAUGGAACCAUCAACAUGGAACCAUCAACAUGGAGCCAUCAACAUGGAACCAUCAACAUGGAGCCAUCAACAUGGAACCAUCAACAUGGAGCCAUCAACAUGGAACCAUCAACAUGGAACCAUCAACAUGGAACCAUCAACAUGGAGCCAUCAACAUGGAACCAUCAACAUGGAGCCAUCAACAUGGAGCCAUCAACAUGGAGCCAUCAACAUGGAACCAUCAACAUGGAGCCAUCAACAUGGAGCCAUCAACAUGGAGCCAUCAACAUGGAACCAUCAACAUGGAACCAUCAACAUGGAACCAUCAACAUGGAGCCAUCAACAUGGAGCCAUCAACAUGGAACCAUCAACAUGGAGCCAUCAACAUGGAGCCAUCAACAUGGAACCAUCAACAUGGAGCCAUCAACAUGGAGCCAUCAACAUGGAACCAUCAACAUGGAACCAUCAACAUGGAGCCAUCAACAUGGAGCCAUCAACAUGGAACCAUCAACAUGGAACCAUCAACAUGGAGCCAUCAACAUGGAACCAUCAACAUGGAGCCAUCAACAUGGAGCCAUCAACAUGGAACCAUCAACAUGGAACCAUCAACAUGGAACCAUCAACAUGGAGCCAUCAACAUGGAGCCAUCAACAUGGAACCAUCAACAUGGAACCAUCAACAUGGAACCAUCAACAUGGAGCCAUCAACAUGGAGCCAUCAACAUGGAACCAUCAACAUGGAACCAUCAACAUGGAACCAUCAACAUGGAGCCAUCAACAUGGAACCAUCAACAUGGAACCAUCAACAUGGAACCAUCAACAUGGAACCAUCAACAUGGAGCCAUCAACAUGGAACCAUCAACAUGGAGCCAUCAACAUGGAACCAUCAACAUGGAGCCAUCAACAUGGAACCAUCAACAUGGAACCAUCAACAUGGAACCAUCAACAUGGAGCCAUCAACAUGGAACCAUCAACAUGGAACCAUCAACAUGGAGCCAUCAACAUGGAACCAUCAACAUGGAACCAUCAACAUGGAGCCAUCAACAUGGAACCAUCAACAUGGAGCCAUCAACAUGGAGCCAUCAACAUGGAGCCAUCAACAUGGAACCAUCAACAUGGAACCAUCAACAUGGAGCCAUCAACAUGGAACCAUCAACAUGGAGCCAUCAACAUGGAGCCAUCAACAUGGAACCAUCAACAUGGAACCAUCAACAUGGAGCCAUCAACAUGGAACCAUCAACAUGGAACCAUCAACAUGGAACCAUCAACAUGGAGCCAUCAACAUGGAGCCAUCAACAUGGAGACAUCAACAUGGAACCAUCAACAUGGAACCAUCAACAUGGAGCCAUCAACAUGGAGCCAUCAACAUGGAACCAUCAACAUGGAACCAUCAACAUGGAACCAUCAACAUGGAGCCAUCAACAUGGAGCCAUCAACAUGGAACCAUCAACAUGGAACCAUCAACAUGGAACCAUCAACAUGGAACCAUCCACAUGGAGCCAUCAACAUGGAGCCAUCAACAUGGAACCAUCAACAUGGAGCCAUCAACAUGGAACCAUCAACAUGGAACCAUCAACAUGGAGCCAUCAACAUGGAACCAUCAACAUGGAACCAUCAACAUGGAGCCAUCAACAUGGAACCAUCAACAUGGAACCAUCAACAUGGAGCCAUCAACAUGGACCCAUCAACAUGGAACCAUCAACAUGGAACCAUCAACAUGGAGCCAUCAACAUGGAGCCAUCAACAUGGAACCAUCAACAUGGAGCCAUCAACAUGGAGCCAUCAACAUGGAACCAUCAACAUGGAACCAUCAACAUGGAGCCAUCAACAUGGAACCAUCAACAUGGAACCAUCAACAUGGAACCAUCAACAUGGAGCCAUCAACAUGGAACCAUCAACAUGGAGCCAUCAACAUGGAACCAUCAACAUGGAGCCAUCAACAUGGAGCCAUCAACAUAGAACCAUCAACAUGGAGCCAUCAACAUGGAGCCAUCAACAUGGAACCAUCAACAUGGAGCCAUCAACAUGGAACCAUCAACAUGGAACCAUCAACAUGGAGCCAUAA